AUGCUUAUCCUUGCUCUUCUUUUCGUCCCUCUCGGUCUGGCAGCAGCCCAACUCAUUGGCCCCGUAGGCCCGGCCACUGCUCUCUCCAGCAAGAUAAUUGAGUGUAACAUCCUCAGCUAUGGAGCUGUCGCCGACAACAGCACGGACAUCUCGACCUCUCUCGAGACAGCCUUUAACGACUGUGUCCGACCCAACCCCGGCAGCAGACUUAUUGUUCCUGAGGGUCAAUACCUGAUCUCCCGCGGCGUCGUGCUCAGCAACGCAACCAAUUGGGCCAUAUGGGGGAACUGGACCAUUGAUCGUGCGUUGAUCCUUGAGGGUUUUGCUGGUGCAGACAUUUUGAAUGCUACCAUUAAUGGGGAGGGUGACCAGAAGUUUUUGUUAGAUGUCUUGGUUAUUGUCAAUGCGGUUGACUUCGAGUUCUACUCAUCCAACGGUCUCGGUGCCUUCCAAGGACAAGGAUAUCUCUACCGGAAUCUAAACAACACCGAUCGUCCCCGUCUCGUCCGCUUGAUCUCGCCAACGAAUGCCUCCGUCCAUGACCUGAUCUUGGUCGAUAGCCCGAAGUUCCACAUCGUGCUCGACUUUGCCGUCAACGUGGAAGCGUACCAUCUUACCAUCCGGGGUGCUAAUCUCGGCAGUUACGACGGUAUUGAUGCAAUUGGCACAAACUAUCAUAUCCAUGAUAACGAGGUCACCAACCGCGACGAAUGCGUCUCCGUCAAGAGCCCUUCUCACCACGCCUUGAUCGAGAACUUGGUCUGUAAUCAGGCCGGCUCGGGCAUCUCCAUCGGCAGUCUCAACGUCUCUGCCGAAAUAUCAAACAUAGUCGCACAAAAUAUCAGCAUCAUUCAGGGGAACAAUAUCGCCUUCAUCAAGACCUAUCCCGGUGGCUCCGGCUACGUGACCAACAUCACAUUCGCCAACUUCCGCUCCAAAGCAAGUCUGUACGGGCUAAACAUCAACCAGUACUGGCAGAACACAUUCGAGCCAGACACAGGCUCGGUCACGUUGAGCAAUCUUGUCUUUAGGAACUUUUCCGGCUCCGUGGCAAAUGGCAUCCAACGCCCACCGCUGUACCUCAUCGCUAACAACCUCACCUAUGCCAGUAACGUUACUGUCGAGGACUUCACCAUCUGGACCGAGUUCGGCAGCAGCGUCGUCAAUAAGGUCAACAAUGUUUUUGGCCGCGGCGAUGAUUCGUAUGGUCCGAACAAUGGACUGGUCUCUCUCGCUGCUGGGGAACAACGGCAUACGUAUACAAGCACGUACACCAUUACGGCCUCGCCGACAGGAUGGCUCGCGCCGGGUUUGCCGACCUGGGCGGUGCCGAGUACGGGAUAUGGGACUGCGUCACCGAUUCCAGUUUACACUCCUAAGCCGCUGUGGAGGCCUGGCGGGGUGGACUAUGAUUUGCAUUACUGGGGGACUUUUUAA